UUGAAGAUGAUUCGUAGGGUUAUUUAAUGAUAUCAGAGAAAAUCUUUGGUCCGUCGUGUUUUAUGUGGGAAUAUUAUUCAGUUUGUGGAUAAAGUUUAUGUGGGCUUGAGGAGGUGAUCCAAUGGUUUGGUUGAAAGAUAUGAGUGAUUUGAAAGUUGUUUGGCAAAGGAUGACAUCGCAGUGGUGACAAUUUCUAAUUAUCGAUUAGUUCUCAAGGAUAAAGGUGUCAGUUGAAGUCUUUAAACAUCAAGGUGUUUCUAUAGGAUGUGCUCCUUUUGGCAAUGAGGCGUUCAGGGUCUGAACUUCUCUGACACCCUUCUUGGCAGGCGUUUGAGGCUGUGAAUUAUACCAACUCCUCAGUUGAUACCACUAGGAAUGCACAGCAGAUUCUGUAGGCCAAAUAAGGUUUAGCUGACAUGCUUGCCGAAAGACCCAUUCAGGAUUACUGAAAAUUUGACCUUCCCAAGUGACCUGAUCUCUCAUCAGCGUGAUUAUCAAAUGCUGGCAAACAUUUAGCAUUUUGCAGUAUCUUUCAGAUAGUUCUCACAAUGGCAAACAUUACAUAAACACUGUUUGGACCAUUUCUUCUUCACUGCCAUCUGGAGGGCAUGAACAUCAUGACAAAAGCGCUCCAGUAUCUUCAGAGGAAUCCUGGGGAAAAUUGUGCAAUAUGACACGUUACGGUUUGAUUUGAAGUGCAAAAUGAGGUUUAGAACAAUCGCACAAAACAUGGGAGGAUAGAUCAUGGUACAUGUGGGAAUUGCAUUUUUGAAAAUUACAACUGUGCCGAAAGUGAAUCAAUGCAGACGUGAGUAUGAUAUGCUUGCAGCCCUGUGGCUUCGAUAACUUGGUUGGAUGUAGUCUGCUUCUUCUGAAUCCUUUUUUGCACAAUGGGAAAAAAACUCUUUGAAACAAUACAGAUGUUUUAUAUGUACUGACUUAAUAGAGUAAUACAAGUCUCAGGAAAUGGAUUGCUACUUUUAAGGAAUACGUCGACAAUAAAUCUGUACAAUUCUGCCAGAUCGUCAGUGAAGUCUGCAUUUCGAUCUCAGGUCUUCCAAAGUUCUUCAACACAUGUAAAUAAGUGGGUAUUUUGUUGACCAAUUUCUCAACAAUACUAGGAAUGAGAUGACAGAAAAAUAGAACAUUUCUGGAUUCAUUGCAAAUAACUUUUAUUUCAAUGUCAAAUACAUUGUAAAUAGGAUUAUUUCUAAGGAAUUCUAGCCUUGCAUUCAACAAGAUUCUUAAGUCGGAAUCGUAGGUGAUAUAGGACUUGUAAAUACGAUAUUUUCGGAUAUAUUUUGACGCCUUGGCAGUUUUGGAGGAAAUAAGGAAUUGGGUGUGUUUGUAUGAUGCCGGUUAAGAAUAAUAAAGUCUAUGCAUCUGAGGAUGGCACUGUCAAUCAUGCUCAUGUCAAGAGGAGUACAGGGGACGGCGAGACGUCAACAGAGCCUCUUCCCGUCAAGAGGAAAAAAGGCGAGCCAGAAACCAAGAGAAAGCUACGGGCCAAUGACUCGGAAUACAAUGCUGCUUUUCAGUAUGCUAACAACUACAUCUCAACGUCCAAGUACAAUUUCCUGACUUUCGUUCCCAAGAACUUGUUUGAGCAGUUCCAGAGGAUCGCCAAUGCCUACUUCUUGGGUCUUCUCAUUCUGCAGCUCAUCCCAUGGAUCUCAUCUCUGACCCCCCUAACCACCAUCAUACCGUUAGUAGGCGUGUUAAUGCUCACUGCAGCCAAGGAUGCUUUUGAUGAUAUCCAACGCCAUCGGAGUGAUAAUCGCGUAAACAAUCGCUUGUCGCACGUGUUACGCAAUGGCAAAGUUGUGGACGAGGUUUGGCACAAGGUUGUGGUCGGUGACAUCAUCAAGAUGGUCAACAAUCAGUUCGUAGCUGCUGACUUACUGCUGCUCUCGUCUAGUGAACCCAACAGUCUUUGCUAUGUGGAAACUGCUGAAUUGGACGGUGAGACCAAUCUCAAAGUUCGCCAAGCGAUCCCAGAGAUUGCGGAGAUGGGGGACAAUGAAGAGGAACUCGCCAAAUUUGAUGGUUCCAUCCAAUGUGAGCCGCCCAACAACCGUCUGGGCAAGUACGAUGGCACGCUCACUUGGGAGGGGCAGCAGUUUUCAUUGGACAAUGAGAAGUUACUCCUUCGUGGUUGUGUCCUCAGGAACACGGAGUGGUGCUAUGGGCUAGUCGUCUUCGCGGGGAAGGACACAAAACUCAUGCAGAAUUGCGGGAAAACGACAUUGAAGAGAACUCAUAUAGAUCGACUGGUCAAUAUUCUCAUUAUAGGGAUCUUCAUCUUCCUGUUGUCCAUAUGUCUGUUAUGUACCAUCUGCAGUGGAGUCUGGGAGACCUUGAUUGGCCAGAACUUUCAGGCCUACAUGCCGUGGGAUUUCUACAUCCCAGGCGGGCCUUCGAAGGAAGGGACCAAGGCGGCCGGGGCAACAGUCAUUGCUCUAUUGGUGUUCCUCUCCUAUAUCAUUAUACUCAACACUGUGGUACCGAUUUCGUUAUAUGUCAGUGUGGAAGUUCUGCGCAUGGCUCACAGUUUCUGGAUAAACUGGGAUGAAAAGAUGUACCAUGCUAAGACAGACACCCCAGCCCACUCAAGAACGACAACAUUAAACGAGGAACUAGGCCAAAUCGAGUAUAUUUUCUCGGACAAAACAGGGACAUUGACACAGAAUAUCAUGUCCUUCAUGAAGUGCUCAAUCAAUGCCAAGUCAUUUGGUGAUGCAUAUGAUGAACUUGGCAAUAAGCUGGAGAUUGGUGAGAAAACACCAAGAGUCGAUUUUUCAGACAAUCCUAUGUCGGAGCCGAAGUUUGAGUUCUUCGACAAAGCGUUGGUCCAGGCUGUUAAGUCGGGGGAUUCCGACUGUCACGAUUUCUUCAGGCUGUUGGCUUUAUGUCAUACUGUCAUGCCAGAAGAAAAGGAUGGUGUGUUGGAAUACCAGGCACAAUCCCCUGAUGAAGGAGCCCUUGUCUCGGCAGCGAGGAACUUUGGAUUUGUGUUCAGGUCGCGUACGCCCACCACAAUCACCAUUGAAGUGAAUGGAAACACAGAAGUUUAUGAACUCCUCUGUAUUCUAGAUUUUAACAACGUCAGGAAAAGAAUGUCCGUGAUAGUACGCAAAGAUGGUAAGAUCAAGUUGUUAUGUAAAGGUGCUGAUAAUGUGAUAUUUGAGAGACUUGGUCCAAAAUGCCGGGAUCUGCAAGAGCUUACCACCAGUCACUUGAGCGACUUUGCCAAUGAAGGUCUCCGGACCUUAUGUCUAGCCCAAAAGGACAUCAGUGAAGAAUAUUACAACAGUUGGAAGAAGGAUUACCAUGAUGCAAGCUGUGCCAUGGAGCUGCGUGAUGAGCGGUUGGAUGAGGUCUACGAACAGAUCGAGAAGGACUUGGAAUUAAUCGGGGCCUCGGCUAUUGAGGACAAACUCCAAGAUGGCGUACCAGAUGCCAUCGCCAAUCUUGCACUCGCCGGUAUCAAGAUUUGGGUGUUGACGGGGGACAAACAAGAAACUGCAAUCAACAUUGGAUAUUCUUGUAAAUUGCUUACGGACGAAAUGGAAGAUAUAUUCAUCAUCGACGGUGAUUCAUAUCAGACAGUUGAAGAUCAAAUUGAGGGCGCCAAGACUGUCAUCAAGAAAUCUGGCAACUACCCGGGCGUUGAUGUGUCCUUCCAAACUGGCAGCAAAACACCCCUCCAGCCGAAUGAGAAUGGGACAGUCGGUGAACAAGUCGUAGAAGAUGGCGACGGUGUCUUCGCUCUUGUCAUCAAUGGGCAUAGCUUGGUUUAUGCUCUAGAUCCCAAGAUGGAGAUGCUGUUCUUAGAGGUGGCUUCCUUGUGUAAAGCUGUGAUAUGUUGUCGAGUGACACCGCUCCAGAAAGCGCUUGUUGUCGACCUGGUCAAGGAAAAUAAGAAGGCGGUCACUCUUGCCAUCGGAGAUGGAGCAAACGACGUCAGUAUGAUCAAAACUGCUCACAUUGGAGUCGGCAUCAGUGGCCAGGAAGGAAUGCAGGCUGUGCUCGCCAGUGACUUCUCCAUUGCUCAGUUCCGUUAUGUGGAACGCCUACUCUUAGUCCAUGGCAGGUGGUCCUACCUCAGAAUGUGCAAGUUCCUCAAGUAUUUUUUCUAUAAGAACUUCUCCUUCACUCUCUGCCACUUCUGGUUUGCGUUUUUCUGUGGAUUUUCUGCUCAGACUCUGUAUGACCAGUUCUUCAUUACAUGUUAUAAUGUCUUCUACACAUCGUUGCCGGUUUUAAUGAUGGGCGUAUUUGAGCAGGAUGUCAAUGAUGACUACUCAACCCGCUACCCGAAGCUGUACGUCCCUGGUCAGCGCAAUAUCCUCUUCAACAAGAAGGUGUUUGCGUGGAGCGUCAUCGAAGGUUUCCUGACUUCCUUUGCUCUCUUCUUCAUCUCAUAUGGAGCGCUCAAAGAUAUGGUCCGGCCGGAUGGGUUAGACAUGGCUGAUCAUCAUUCAUUUGGCGUCACCGUUGCGAGUAUCCUCAUCGUGGUUGUUACACUUAGAUGUGCCUUGGAUACCAUCUACUGGACAGGAUUCAACCACUUUGUGAUAUGGGGAAGCAUUGUUUUCUAUUUUGCUUUCACAUUUGUCUUGUACGCUGAUAUAUGGGCUUACUCUUACAUCGGCACAGGGCGGAACGUCAUGGCGACCGCAUCCUUUUGGUUCACAAUGCUAUUAACAGUGGUAAUCCUAUUGGCGCCAAUCAUUGCCUGGCGGUUCUACAAUGUGGACACCACACCUACGUUGUCAGACAGAGUCAGGUUAAGGCAGAGAAUAUCUAAGUCAAAAUCCAAAGCGACAGAUUUAACCUUGCGGCGAUCUUUCAGUCGUCGCAGCACGAGAUCGCUGCGAUCUGGUUACGCUUUCUCGCAUCAAGAGGGCUUCGGCGAGCUCAUCACGAGCGGGAAAAAUAUGCGUGCCUCGUUCAUGGAUUCGAGAAAUGAGAAGAAACCUGGAUGACAGGCAGCCGGGCGGUGGCAGGAGACGGCCCCGCCCACCGAGAAGAAGAAACCGGAAGCCGCGAAUUCCAACCAAUCGAAUGCAAGUGUCCAAGAAAUCAACGUCGAAGAGAGCAAUGCCAGCUUUGCCCAGUUCGAGGAGCAUCAGCGUUUUACAUACAUUCCAUGAGAGGGGGGCCAUACCCAGGAAACUGCUAACUGUGAUAUUGAUGAAAUAUGUGUGUUUUAAUCACUUGAAGACUGACACGAAACAAUUGAGGCAACUAGCAAGGUUUUAGCCAAUUCAUUCAUGAUGGGCCAGUCAAAGCUAUUUUUGGAAGAUUCAUGUCUAUUUAUAGUAAUCCGCCCCAAAUAUGGCAAAACUGAACCUGAUAAUUAAAGGCUUACGCCGUUCGUUAAAAAUUUUGAUUUUGUAAUUGAAUUUUAAAAUGCCCAAUUGCGAAAAUACAUACUAAAUAUAUAUUUCAACAUUGCCGUUGUGUAGAGUGAUAUACAAAUUCUAUGAAUAUCAAGCUAAAAAAAAUUUGUUUUGACAAGUAGUUACGAACGGCGUACACCUUUAAGGCCUCUCCUGGUUAGGAAAAAAAUUUCUCAAAGGUUUGAAUAUUUGAUAAAACAUUUUAGCAAACUCUUGUAGUCUUCAAUUGGUUGCCCGCAUUUUCAGAUUUUGAUAUAAGUAUUAGUGUUACUGUCAGUUUGCAUAUCUAACUGUUUAUGUCGUAACACUCACAUGUCAGAUAUCACUUUUUAUUUUCUUCACUGGCACAGAAUCGAAAAUUUCCACCCAUGCGUCCUUAAAGGCCGACUCUGUGUUCGUUCAAAAAUUUGAAAAAUUGAACUCGAAUUUGUAAGUUUCUGGUUAUGUAAAUAUGCGCUGAAUAUAAAUUUGAACAAUGAUGUCGAUGCUGUUGUAUGGUCAGAAAUACCACAAAUAACUUAUUUCAGCGAAUUUGCUUGCAUAAUACGGUAGGACCUCUCUUAGCGGACACCUCUAUAUUAAGGACACCCUCUCCAUUGAGGACACUAGUUUGGUCCCAAAUUGGUUGUUUCCAUUUAAUUUGACCUCUCUUAUCAGGACAGCACUUAAGUCAGUCCCGAGGGUGUCCUUAAUAGAGAGGUUCUACUGUACUACAAAGACCUUAUUUCAGCGAAUUUGCUUGCAUAAUAUAUCGACUGCACUACUGCAUUGCAUAUUUUUAUUUUCCUGGACCACCAGUUAAUGCACGAUCGUGGAAGGUUUAAUAGCCUUUAAAUAUCUGCACGAGGUUCAGAGUUAAUAUGUAAUACAAAACUGUGCCAAAGCAACCAGGAUAUUAUUUGAAAGCUCAUGAUUUCACCAGUUGCUUUGCUUCUUUAAUAUCUGCUUUAAGGUUAUUAUUCAAUGAUUUCAUUGUCAAGACCGAAAAUGCUGGAAUUUUGUAUUUUGACACUUGAUAUUCGAAGUCAUUCUUUUGGUUGGUUUUUUGUUGACAUAUUGGGUCAAGGCAGGUGCCGUCUGCUGUCAGAUGAUUUCAUAAAACUCCGGAUUUGUCUGUAUAUCCUAUGGCAACCACAUUGUGUAGAUUUCAGUUUUCUGGUUUAUUCUUCUCUUACGGGACCUGUUCUUCUAAUAAUGCUAUUAAUUAUAUUGUAUAAUUAUGUGAAGGUAACACUAUUUACAUGAAUUUGAUGAAAUGAUUAAUCAAUAAUCGACAAAUAAUCUUUAAUUUUUAUCUUUAAAUAGAUUAUUUUUUCUAUGUUUCACUGAAGACAUGAUAAUUGUUGUAGCAACUCUAUUAACCCUCUAUCGACCAGGGUAUUUUGGGUAAUACAAUAUGCAAUCAAAUUUCCUUUGGAUAGAACAAACUUUAAACACUCACUGAUGGUUUAUUUUGGCAUGAUCGUCAUAUUUCGCUGAUAGAAAUUGCAAUUGAUGACCAUCCUCCCUCUGCAUGUCUUUGUAGGAUUCCUGAAACACAAAUCUAUGCUUUGCUUUGUGUAUGUAUUCAAGAAGUGAGCCAAAGGCUUGCUAUCGGAGGAUUGAGAUGUUUAAAGAUUUCAUAGCAAUGACUGCCAGUUAAGUUGAGCUUGAAAUGUCUCCUUGAUAUUUCUUGGAAGCAAUUACUCCCCGAAUUACUCUCAAGAAGAGCUUUGCAUUUAUAUCCGCUGUAAAUUGUUAGAAGUAGCUGUAAGCAUUUGAUUUAGAUAAAGUAUUUCUGCCCAUUUAUUUGCAUCCCAGCGAAAAUGCUUUGUCACUCGGUCUCCAUUCAAUUAAUGCAACCCAGAAAAUAUUUUGUGGACAUUUUCAUUUUAUGAGCCACAAAAUUAGCAAGCACAAUACUUCACGUUGUCCGUACUUUAGUGUCACACGUCCCAUCGUGUCGCAAAACGUAACGGUAUGAAAUGGCAAAUAUAACAAGCGGCAUUGCGGGGUUACAGUAAUAUGUGCAGCAAGGGAACUGGCCAUGGUUUGACUGAAUGAUGAAGUAUAACAUGUACUUGUACACGGGUGAAUAGUGCUUAUGUAGUGUGAGAUAAUAAAGACACCCAUUGAUUACUUUGUGAACAUUGAUAGCUGGACUCAUCUGGUUCCUGCCUACCAACAGUCUCCCUUUACAAGUCAAUACUGAUGUAUUGAAUUCACGAAGGUAAUUAAGAUGACACUGACAAUGCAGGCGAGAUUUAUAAAUUGUUUCAUUAUAAUAUGCUAGGCUGUUCGACAGCGAAGAUCGUCUAAUGUAUAAACAAUUACAGGAUAUCAGGUCUGAUUACACUCCUGCAGCAGUGGAGUCGGUCGCUAUGGCAACUCUAUUCGUCUUUGAGGCUGGCCAACCUCCAUUUUAUUGGAGCGAGUACCUAUGGUUGUAAAACUGAUGUAAACAUGCGUAUAUCUGUACAUUGAUGAACCCCUUUGCCCCUGAUGCAUGCUUGUAAUAAACGCAUGUAUCCCUGUUUUAUUUUUAUUUUGAAUGACAACGAUUAGCAGUUUUUCUUGGUACCAUAUUCUAGUGCAACCCAUCCGGACCUUUUUUAAAGCAGAUGAGAUUGAUAGCUAAACCACCAGAUUUAAGCUGGGAUUUGAUUUUCACCGUUUUUCGGGAAUAUUCAAUAACCCGUCUUGUUUGGCGAAAAUAACAAAAUUUGAAAUGAGAACAAAUUUAUUGGCGUUGCACACUAUGUGUUUAUUUUGUCCCCUGGUUAUGUUACUAAUCUGAGCACCAUUUUCUUAAGGCAGGAUCACUAUAAUAAAAUCGAUUAAGCUCGUUAAAAUUAGAUAGUUGGUCAUCAUUUUGAAGCAAGUUUUAAAUAUGUACAUGUAUUAGUGAAAAUGCGACAAAUGAAAUUCCUUGUCACAUUGAGAGAAUAAGUUUGAGGCCUGGAUGAAAUCUGAUGUUUUCAAAAUGAUGGCCAAUGUGUUGCAGAAGGCAGUUUGCACAAAUAUCUUAGUUUAUUUUUUAAGCCUUGAUUAUUGUUUAUCAGCUAGUACCUUCCCAUAAUGCACAAAUGUCAAGCUGUUAAAUUAGCUGGAUCCCGUGAAGUGCUGACCUGUAUCGAGAUAACUAGUAAGUAUACCCAAACCCAUGUCUGGUUUACUAAACACCCUUAACUGAAUCUUCAUGAUGGCUCUGGCUAAUGGAUUUGACCAUUGCCAUGUUUUAGGUAUUUGGUUCAAAAUGAUCUAAUGUCUGAAUUCAAAAAGACGUACAUGUAGCGUCCUAAAAAGCAUUUGCAUUUUGUACUAGUAUUGUUGAAAUAGUAUUUACUAGGCUGAUUUAUACCUCUACCCGUGUCUUGGGUGUUCAUCCUCUGAAACUAUUGCACUUUCAAAGUAUGCAAUAGAGCAGUUGUUUCAAAUAAAAUAUCAUACACAUGUACCACUUUUGAUGGGUUUACAUGUGCUACCGAAAGCCUAUGUCGUGGUGUCACCCCAAGCAAAAUAGCUACUGUGUUAAAAAAAACUUCCAUACAUGUACUGUAAGCUUUGUGCAUAACACCUGAAAUGUGUAGCACGUAAAUUCACUGCAACACUCCACUCACCCACUUCCACAUGCCUUAUUUUACCCAUUAGAUAAUACAGCACACUCAUAAAUGAUCCCUAAGUGCUUCCUGUCCUGGGUAUGGAUGGCCUAAAUCUCUCUCUUUCUCCAUUAUCAUCAUCGUAUUCAUUAAAAUGUAUAAAUAUAUCGUCAAACAUGCUAACUUUUCAAUCUGGGAGGUAACUUUGCCACUUCUUUAAAUGCCUAGGAAAAGGCAAAUGAAGGGUAUUAUUUAAAAAAACGAAUAUUUUGCGACAAAAUUCCAGCGUCCUUAUGGAAACACUUUUUGAUAAUACCCCAUUUUGGGAGGUAUUUUUAAUGCACAGUGGUAGGGUUAGCGUGUUUUACAGAAUUGCCAGACACCUCUAGACAUGUAUGCACUUUCUUUUUCCUUGCUCUUAUCUACUGAACUUUGUUUUGUAAUUGUAUUGCCCAUCUGAGAAUUGGGCAGUCCCCAGGCAGCAAAUGUUCUACGUGCAUCCCAUGUUAAGGAGUACAGAGUAUGCGGCCUGGGGACAAGAAAGAUGCCGACCACAUUUGGUGCCAGCAUGACGGUCUUCAAUCCACAAGUUUGCAGAACAGUGUCCAAUUUUCAUCUGGUCAAUACAAGUAUUACUGUGGUCUGUAAAUAACUAUUGAAUCUUGUUACUCUUCAAUGAAUUCUGUAGUCUUUCCUUUUCUAUUUUUUGCUCAGUAAUGUAUCUGCACAGCCUUGGUGCAGAGUAUCCUUGAAGUAUUGCAAACAUUUUUUUGAGUUUACUACUGCUUUGCAUAUACAUGUAUUACAGUCAGACAAAGUGCCAAAAUGACCAUGUUUUGCGCAUUUUGACGCUCUACUUCUCCUCAACAUCAUAUCAUCGGGAGAAUAUGAAGUAACUGAAUGACCAUGGAACUUUUUAAUGUUUUUUGACAGGUAUUCUUAUCUUAUUGUCUAUUGGUCACUUGACAUCUGAAUGUUUAGCUGGGGUAUAAAUACAAGCAAGGUGGGCUAACAUGGGUCAAUACUCUUUGUGUGUUCCUGAAGUUCUCGGCGUCUGGUUUAAUUGACAUAUACUGCGACCAUUGUAAAUGAAAUUUACGGAAGGAGAUAAGUUGAGUUUAGCCAACGCUGGUGUUCGUCUCUUCCGCCCAUCAAGCAACUUGCCUCUUGUCAGAAAUUAUCCAUAUAGCGCUCAUCAGUAUGAUUAGCUGUUAGAGUGCUAUAGCUGAUUCAUCACAUAUGUGACCCACCAUGGCAAAAUGAGUCGCAUGUCGCACAGAAGCUGAGCCUAAAAUGACAAUAGAACAUAAUAGAAGAAAUUGAUAUGCUCAGGUUUCACGAAAGGCAGACCAUAGUGAAAUGAACAACCAGUCUGUCUCAACCUGUCAAGCUCAGAGCGACAUGUGACUCAUUUUGUCAUGGGGGGUCACAUAUAUUGUCCCUUAACCAGCCAACACUUCAUGUGCCUCUUAAUAAAGGUGUCUGAAUCCUCAAUCACUGCAUGAUACAAAACAGUUAAUUUGAUGAUGUCAACCAGAGAAAAUAAUCAUUUUGUUUUCGAAUCAAAAUCUGAAGCUCUCUUGAUUUUUGCCGGACCAUCUGGAAUAUGUGACUCGCUCUACCAAAACUAGGCGCUUGUCGCAUCUGAACUCGACAGGUUGAUACGGACUUGUUGUUCAUUUCCCUAUUGUAGACCUUUUGUGAAAUCUAUUACAAACUGAUUUGGUCACAUUUCACAAAAGGUCUACAAUAGGG